UUCAGAAAAAUGGCAGAACUCUCUGCUAAAAAAGUUAAAAAAGAAAAGCUGCAGAAUGGAGAAGUUGUCGAGUCUACGCCUAGUAAACUGAAGAAGGACCGGAGUAAGGUCAGUAAAGAGAACACGGUACUGAAUGGGUCAGCUCAGAAGAAGAAGAAAACAACAUUAGAUGAAUCGACGACAGAGAAGGUUGAGAAGGGGACUGGUUCCAAAAUACGCAGCACUAAACUUAGAAUGAUGGAUGAUUGUUGGUAUAUUGAAGAGUUGAUGGCCAUGGUUCGGAUCCCUUCACAUAACCUUGACCUCGACCAGGAGGAGGAUGAGGAGGAUUAUGUCGAGGAUGUUCCUGUUGAGUUAAAGAUAAAGAUGAGGAAGGAUAACGAGGAGGGGAGGGCAGUCUCACACGAGGAACUCAAGGAACGCCUUCACAGGAAGAUGCAAGAGCUAGGGGAGCGGGGAAAGAACUUGUCGACAAACGAGGAAAAGAGACAGAAAAGGUUGAAGCAAAAACUCAAGAAAAUAGAGAAAAAGAAGAAUGAGAAAAAUGACCUAAAGCAGAAACUGAUGAAGGUUGGCAAAAAUGCGGGAAAUUUAAACAAAAUUAAAAAUGAGUUGGAGGGCGCUGGCGUUGUAGUCGCCGAGAGACCCAAGAUUAAAACAGAAACUGGUAAAAUCAUAUUUUCCAAAUUCGACUUCGCCUCUGACGAGGUCACUGGAGAGGCCAUUAAAAAGAAGAACAUGGAUCCUAAGGCCGCCCUGGCAAAGAUUGCGAAGAACAAGGAGGUGAUCAAAUCCAUGGAGGAGAAGGGAUUGACGGAGAAGGUGAAGAGGAUUGAGAACAAGGUGGCCUGGCAGACAGCCCUCGACAAGGCGGAGGGCGUGAAGGUAAAGGAUGAUGUGGAACUCCUCAAGAAGGCCUUAAAGAAGAAGGAGCAGGUGAAGAAGUCCAGUAAACGGAAGUGGGAACAGAGAACAGAAGAUGUUCAAUCUAAGAAAGAUAAGUUCCAAACAAAGAGAAAGGAUAAUCUGCAGAAGCGGAAAGCGACAGUAAAGGAUAAUAAGAAGAAGAAGGCGAUUAAGAAAGGAAGAUUGAUACCUGGGUUAUAAAAUUUUGAAAAUAUAUUUUGUUAAUUAA